AUGGUCAACAAGAUAGAAGCAAGCAUUGACGGUGGUUAUAGCAACUGGAGUUUGGAUGCUCCUUGCAAUGUUUCGUGUGGUAAUGGAACUGAAAUAUGGCGACGUACUUGUGAUAAUCCAGAACCAAAAUACGGAGGCAGUAACUGCAGUGAACUGGGGAAGUCAAUGAAGUUAACGAAGUGCGCCAAAAAACCAUGUCCAGUUGAUGGAAACUAUGGUAACUGGACAAAAUUGUCGCCAUGUAGUGCCACGUGUGGUCAGGGCGUUGAAAUCUGGAUACGAUCCUGUGAUAACCCCCCGGGAAAAUAUGGUGGAAACUGCAGUAAUAAUAUUUUAUACUUAUCAAUAUAUUUCAGUUGUUUCCCACACCAAGACGAUUGGUUUCAUCGUUGCUGCUACAUUUGUGAUGUCGUCGUAAUCCUAAGCUAUCUUUUCAUUCGUCGCAAACGACGUGGAAAAAGAGGAAUUCCGUUUUACGCUAUUGUGAAAUUUUCUUCUCAACAAAUCCUUGGUCAACAUCAGCCUCGCGAAAACGGCGAACUACUCCCCUGUAUAAGUCUUGUUCCUUCUAAUGAAAGGGCGAGUACGUCACAAGAGACUGGUACUGGUGUUUUUUAUCAAAACUUGACAACUGAUGGAGACCCGAUUCCAGGCCACUCACGUGGUGUUGUAAACCACGAAGGAGAUUACGUCAAUACAGGGUUAUCGCAAAGCUCAUGGUAUGAUAGACUUCAGUUUUUACGACCAUUAGCUAUUGGUUGGCUACGAAAUGCGUGGGGGAAUGUUGACGAGGAUGGUCACCAUGUUUAUGAUGGUAUGCAACGUGUCAGACAAAUUUUUGUUCCGUACGACAAGUUGGGAAAUACUGCGCAGGAAGACUCGGCCAAAAGAAUGGAGACAAAUUAUUCAACUUAUGAUACACCUGAAAGACCUCCAGUGGUCAUAGCUCAGUGUCAAGGGAAGACUUCUUCAACGACUGAAAUUGCAUGAAAUAUUGAAAUAAAAACGUUGCUCCUAGUCUAAGAGGGGUUUAUUUUGCUUCAGCAAUAACUGGGAAAAUUUGUUGUUAGAAAAGAAACCAAUCACUUUAUCUCUUUAGUUGUGCCUUUUCUAAUUAUUUUAC